AAACAAAACGGAGCACGAGAACCGAAGCCCAGGGGCCGCCGCCGCCCUAAAUUUCCCUACUACAUCUACAACCGAAGCCCAGGGGCCGCCGCCCGCCGCCCACCGCCGCCCUCAAUUUCCCCACGCAAACCUUAGCAAUGGCGGCAUCCCAGGGGCCAAGGCGGAAGACGGUGUCGAGGUGCAUCCCGGAGACGGACCAGUGCACGCAGGUCUUCGACAUCUCCGGCUACAGCCUGCUCAAAGGCCUUGGCGCCGGCAAAUUCGUUGAAUCCGCCGCCUUUGUCGCCGGUGGCCGCGACUGGUGCAUCCGGUUCUUCCCCGACGGGCACGCUGGGGAGGACCUCAAAGAUUACGUGGCCGUCUACCUGGCGCUCGUGACAAACAGUGCUGAGGCGAGGGCGCUGUUCGAAUUUAGGUUGGUAAACCCGGCCACCGGCGGGUCGUCGUCCGUGUACACCUGCAAGACACCGAUGUCGUUCAAGGCUGGAGGUAAUCAGGGCGCCUGGGGCUGCAGAAAAUUGAAGAAGAGGAGCGAGCUUGAAGAAUCUGUGUACCUUCAGAACGACCGUCUCGUGAUCCAGUGCGACGUCACUGUCAUCGUCGGCCCGCCGGUGAUCACAUCCGAAGCAGACAUUCAGGUGCCUCCCUCAGACUUGACCGAUACUCUUGGCAAAUAUCUGGAGUCAGGGAAGAGGUCCGAUGUGACAUUCAAGGUUAAAGGCGAGGCCUUCCAUGCCCACAAAUUCGUGCUGGCAUUUCGGUCACCGGUGUUUGAAGCAGAGUUCUACGGACCGAUGCGCGGCAAGAGCAGGCGGCAGAACAUAACAGUUGAAGAUAUGGAGCCUGAUGUCUUCAAGGCAUUGCUUCACUUCAUCUACACCGACUCGUUGCCCCCAUUGGAUGACCUUGAUGAAGAUGAGAGUCAAGAAAUGGAUAAGCACUUACUUGUCGCUGCAGAUAGGUAUGCCAUGGAAAGAAUGAAGUUGAUGUGUGAGAGCAUCCUUACCAAAAGGAUUGAUGUUCACAGUGUGGCAACCACUUUAGCUCUAGCUGACCAGCACCAUUGCGAAAAGCUCAAAGAGGCUUGCAUUGGAUUUAUCAGCUCAUCAGAUAAAAUGGAUCUUGUGGCAAGCAAUGGUUAUGAGCACCUCAAAAGAGCAUGUCCUGCUAUCUUUAUGGACAUAUGGGAGAAUGAAGCUAAGUCUCGUAGAAUGAUGUAGAAUGUUCAUAUUGUGUUAAUCUCUGAACAUUGAGUUUAGUUGCUGUAUUGACCCUUAAGUUGCUUAUCAUUGGCUAACUUCUGCAUUGUUCACUUA